AUGACAGUUCUGACGUCUCCUCUCCGAAUUCCCAUUCCCGUCACGGACGUUGCCUCCUUCGUCUUUUCUUCGGGCACGCCUACAACCCGCCAAACCCCGCAGUACUUUGAUGCCUCCAACCCAUCCAAGAACUUCAGCCUUGCGCAAGCAGAAGUGCUCGUGAAACAGAUUGCAAAGGGGUUAGAAGACCUUGGUCUGCAGCCAAACGAUAAAGUGCUGCUGUACUCGCACAAUGCUCUCUUCUUCCCGGUCCUCCUGUGGGGGGUUCUUGCAGGAAGAUGUGUCUUUACGGCCGUAGCGGGGGGUGCGAGUGUUAAGGAGGUCGAAUAUCAGUUGCGCAAUUCAGAUGCAAAGCUCAUCCUUGCGGGUUCGACUCAGGUCCCUGUUGCGCUGGAUGCGGCAUCCAGAGUUGGUCUACCGAGGGAUCGGGUGUACCUCUUCUGCGAUCCUGAAGAUAUUUCAAAUGACUCGUCAUUACCAGUCCAGCCUUGGACGAGGAUCUGGAGGCCUGCUGAUGAGGUUCGCUCUUGGUCAUGGAAGAGGAUUCAAACGCUCAAAGAAGCUCAAGAGACGACUGCAAUAAUCAACUACUCUAGCGGGUGUAUAUCGCACUAUAAUGCUAUCGCGAACUCUUCUCAGCUCCUCGCAAAGAGAGCCAUUAUAUCGAAUGACCAUAGAGGCAAGAGCCGCAAAGAGCGGCUCGACAUGGCGGGGGAUCGGUGGCUGGCUCCGCUGCCUAUGUAUCAUGCCUAUGGCCAAACAUACUACUGCCUCAACGCGGCCCGCCUAGGCGCAAAAGUCUUCAUCAUGAAAUCCUUUAAUGUCGACCAAUACCUCCUCUACAUGGAUAUUUACCGCAUCAAUUUCAUGGCCUCCGUUCCAGCCAUCAUGGCCACGCUCGCAAAACAGCCAAAUACCUCGAGAUAUAACCUUCGCGCAGUGGAAAUCGUAACCAGCGGCUCUGCACCGCUGAGUGCCGAACUCGGCGGUAUAAUUGAGAAACUCUAUCUCCGCCCAGGUGUCACGGUCAAGCAGGGGUGGGGAAUGACGGAGGCGACGUGCUCGAUUACGGGAUUUGCUCCAGAUGAGGAGGACGAUGGCCGGUCAAUCGGUUGGUUGAAUCCAAACUGCGCUGCUCGAAUCGAGAAGCUUGAAGGGAGGGACUUUAGUGGUGUUGCGCCGGACGGGGCGGAUGUAGGCGAGAUCUGGGUCGCUGGGCCAAAUGUUAUGAAGGGUUAUUACAAGAAUCCGACAGCCACAAACGAGACGAUUGUCGAAGAGAAUGGGUUAAGAUGGCUGAAGACGGGGGAUAUUGGAUAUUUCGAUCAAAGGGGGCGUAUGUAUAUUGUCGAUCGAUUAAAGGUAUAUCAUAUGUGUCCUAACCCCAGGAUCUACAACAAACUGACACGGAUCCAGGAGCUCAUCAAGGUCAAAGGGCUGCAAGUUGCCCCGGCUGAGUUGGAGCAGUAUCUUCUCACCCACCCCAGCGUCGCCGAUGCAGCUGUUGUUGGUGCGAGGAUAAAUGGCGCUGAGUACCCGCGAGCAUUUGUCGUGCGUAAAGAUGACACUGUAGCAGAACAUGAGCUGUUCGACAUGGUCAAGGCACACUUCGCUCCACACAAGUGGUUGACAGGAGGUGUGUACUUCAUAGACCAGAUUCCCCGGACUGGAAGCGGGAAGAUCAUGCGGCGGAAUUUGCCUGUUAUUGAUGAAUCCCUGCCGCGCUCGAAGCUGUGAUGUCAGGGAGUGGAUGAUACUUGCGAGAUUGUCCUGGCCCUAAGAUUUUUGUUUUGGCGGCUUUAUGUGCAGCUAUAGG